AAAAAAGUUCGUCGUAGAUAAUUUCAAUUAUUUAUUCGACCCGGAAUGCUACCGGCUGCGCCAGUCAAGUUCUAUGCAUGGCGAAGGGCUUUAAAAUCGACUUCAAAAAGAAGGAGGUUUCUCAAUUCGACCGUAUAUAUGCUUUUUUAUGUUUGUUCGCGGAUAACUACGUUGUUUAUGAACCGAUUUUGAUGAUUGUUUCAUUUUUGGAAAGUAAAUAUUUUAAAGGUGGGCCCAUGAUAAGGAAACCAGGGUCUGAUGAGGGCAGACCAGAGAAAUCGAGAGGGACUUACAAAAAUUGUAGGGGCAACGUUUUUAAAUUUUUUCAUUGAGUAUUUUAAAGCACUACCAUUUGAUGAGAUCUGAGGACGGAGAUUAGAGACGGUCGAGGGAACUUUUCAACGAUUAAUAGCAGAUACUUUGUCUUUCAUCUUCGUUAAUUUUUGUAUUGAUAAGAACUUUGCAGAUAUAUAGACGGUGACUGUCAUUAGGGGUGUGAUGAUGAAGACAGUACAGACAGUACAGUAGUUAUCUUGUGUUUGGACUUAAUUCACUUAUAUUGAUGAGAACUUUGCACCUAUAUGGAUUAUAAUGAAGGUCUGCAAUAUGGAGUAUUGCUUGGAUAAUGGACACCAUUGCUCGGUUUACCCAUCACUUAAACCAAAUGAAAAUACGUAUUACUUUAUUACAGUGGCACAGCUCAAAGAGAAAGUGCAGGAGCAGAUGGGGAUUGAAAUUGGACUUCAGCGCCUCAUCUUUUGUGGCAGAGUUCUUGCGGAUGAAAAGAAACUAGCUGACUAUGAUGUCCAUGGGAAGGUGAUUCACAUGGUGCAAAGGGCACCGCCAUGCGUCGAAGAGCGGGAGACCUUGAGGGAGCGAGAGCGGGAGCGCGAGCGCGAGAGGGAACGUGAAAGGAUGAACUCAUUCACCAAUCUAAAUACGGAUCCCAUUAACUAUGGAGCUGUUCAUUUUAAUCACAUUACACAACAGCAGAUAAGACGCCUUAUGGCUUUGGCAUCGACUGCCCAUGGUAUUGAGAUCGAAGAGCCACCGGGCUCCGCCCUGUCUCCUACUGGGACGCGCUUGGACUUCCUCCGCCGUCUCAUCAUUGAAAUACGAUCAACCCUCGAUGCUAUCAUACAAAAUGAAAGUAAUGAACCACGUAGUUUUUCAACUGAAGAUCCAUUGGAACCCAGAACAAGCCAGGGAGAAUCUAGUUCGGUGCCAGAUGAGGUGAUGUGUCAAGUCCACCAAAGACCGCUUCUUUAUCAGCUCGAUCAAGGCACCGGAGGUACCCGCGAGGGUCGCGGACGCAGGAUUCGUCAGGCUCAGGCUGCUUACCACACGCCUCCUAUUGAGUUCGGCCAGCUCGUAGCUGAGCUCCACGAGUUGCAUAAUGAGUUUACUCCCUUCAGGGAGGCAUACAUCAUGACGCUAAAUGAAGCCAGCGAUUCGAAUGUCCAGCUGACAGAGGACGUACUCCAACGUCGCCAGCGCACCGCUGAUCUGGCCGCAGAGUUGUACCAUAGCUUCUCUCACGCCUACCAUGUCGUGAGCGAUAUUGGACUCAUGUUGGCUCAUCGCAACUCUCGUCUCAUGUCGGAGGCUCUGAUGCGCCACCCUUUGCCAUUGCAGGCGCACAUUAAUGUUGUGCAAACACCCGCUAACCGUCGUCAGACAAACGCGUCUUCAUCGACCGGCGCGGGUCCGUCCACCGAGAGCCCGCAACCCAGCAGUUCACAAGCCGGUAACCCGACCGUCAAUAUAGAUAUACAGCCAGAUCCUAUUACCUACCAAGUAGAAAUAGAAACCAGGGUUCCGCUUGAAGCCACGGCUGAAAACCUGAACGAUCAAAUGCCGAGCCAGGAGGGUCAGGAUCUGGGCGGUCGCCCACAAUCUAUGAACGAUUUUGACAGUCUGUUUAGGGGAUUGGGACAACCUGGCGGUAUUAGGGGAGUUGAAGUACUUAUGAGUAUGGAAGAGAUCACUCCGGUUAAUGGUACUUUCACUGCUGCAAUUCCAACUCUGAACUUGCAACCGGAUGUGGGAGUUACCGGAGGUAACCAACCUCUGUACGGAUCACAAAUAUAUCUAGCUCAAAUGCCGUGGGGUGCUGCUAAUCAGGCAGCUCCGAGCGCAGAUCUGUUGCAGAACAUCGUGUCCUCAGUUAUCAGACAGGGUCUCGUUGCUGGGAUGGAGGGAGCUAUGACCGCCCACGUGCAACAGGCCCAUGUGCCAGGUCAAGGUCUCGGUGAAGGUCAGGUUCCAAUGCAGGCGGACAACGCUCCGCCCCAACAACCCGACCCAAACCAGACACCAGCUCAAGAACAAUCUCAAGAGAAUCAGACCAAUACCGAACAAAAUACAAAUCCUAGUACGCGACGCGUUCCAAGGCUGUUCACCCCUCGUCGUCAAGGCACGAACACAGCUCGCGGUCAGACGGUGUCCUUGAACAAUUUGGUAUACGACAGAUUCCUUCAAUGCGACAGUCAUCACGCCCGUCGUCAGCUAACACGCCGCCGUGAGGAGACGUCUUUGGCCGGCGGACCUCUGCUUCGUGACGAUAACAGUCAACGCGUGCAGAAUAACGUGGAGACCUUGUACGAACGUUUCGACAGGAGCGCCAUUAAUGAAGAGUCUCUCAUGAUAGCUACUAUGGUCACUCUGCGUGAGGCCAUAUCGUUCACCGGGGGUCGAACUCUGGUCCCGGACGAAUUGCAACCACUGCGCUAUCGUCUCCAAGUGUACAUGCGCGAUCUCAUGCAGGGCGAGUACGAGGUUGGCACGCAAAGCCACCUCGCUGAUCUGAUAUUCGAGCGCCACGCCGAAUUUAUUAACCGCGUUACUGCUAUAACGCCGACUCGUCCCAACGUGGAUGUGACUGCUUCAAUGAAGGCUGUGUUCCUACGUUUCCUGAAUGAGGCUAUGACGGUGCUGGAUAUUGAGAACAUUGAAGUAUUUUCUCGUCGCUUCCGGAUCGUGUACCCGAGGCUUUUCUACGAACUAUGCGGAGUCAUCUCUUAUUGUUGCUUGGAGGGUGUUGAGGGUCUUAAGAAGAUAUACCGCUCUUUCUUGACGGAAUUGCUGCAGAAUGUUGGAGAACCAGUACGUGAUCUUCUCUAUAGCCUGUCGAUGGAGAACUUGAAUGCUGCGAUCUGCCGCAUUGAACAUAACAGGCUCCACUUCGCACAGUUCAUACGUCGCAAGGAACAGCAGCCUUCCACAUCGACCGCGAUCGUAAUGAUGAAUGAGCCGUGUACUACAAUGGACGUGUCACCUCGGCCCGAGCCGGUGCCGAUGUCUCCACGUGAUGAUAAUGCUGAUUCAGAGGAAUCAGAUGCACCAGUGGCCGGCUGCGACCGCAAGGAGGAAUCCUCGUCGGACAUGUCGUCCAAAGACGAAUCUUCGUCUGAUAAUUCACCGAAGGGCGAGACGUCACGCGAUCAGCACAGAAGGGACGAGUCCAGGAGACAUCAUUCAUCGAGAGUCGAUUCACUCUCGCCAGUUUUGUUUGGCGCAACACGGAAGCCGUGGACAUUAAAGAAUUCAAACAAGAAGACGCCUUCAAAAUUCCCCAAGACGUCUACGCCGAGGGAGCAACUCGCUCAGCCGACGACACCGCUGCAGGGUGCACCUAAUGUCACACUCGUCAGAUAUGGAGCACCCAGAGUUACGAGUGGUUUACGUCACCGCAAGGUGAAUCGAGCUAACAAAUCAGGCUCUGGUUCUAAGCCAGAUGCCUCUGGAUUAUUCGUACCACCUGAGUCGAUAGCGCAACAUUGGGGCGAAGAAUGGGUGCCAACUUUCACCCGUGAUGUACAGGAGCAGGAACAUCGUGAUACCGCUGAGCCCUACAGUGAUGCCUACCUUUCGGGCAUGCCUCCGAAGAAACGUAGAUGCGUGCGACAGUCGCGACCUCCUACGACACUGAACGCGUUCAUCGCUGAGAGCGUGAACGAGGUAUCGUCUCUGGGCAGCGUCCAGGGCGAGGAGCUGAGGGCAGCGUUUCGCGAGCACAUGAGAUGCAUCGCCCGCGAGCGCGCUGCCGUCUCCGAGGAUUACGAGCCGCGCCGGUUCGUCGCCACUGCACGCUUCCUCAACCAGACCAGGACGAGUACGCGGAAGUCGCCAGAACGCAGCAGCUCUAAUUAAUAAAAGGAUUCGGCAUCAUUAUUUAGCUCGGUGGUAUCAAGUUAAAAAGUUAAACAUCACAAUAUAAUAUUGAAACAAACAGUCAUUUGUAUUGUAAAGAGAUAUCUAUUCUGAUCUUUCAACUUUCUCUUCAAAAUACAUCAACAUGUGGACUGAUGUAUGGUAUAGCUAAUAUACCGUUAUAUUUCUUUUGAUGACCGUUUUAAGAAAGUUGUGUAUAAAAUAAGAAGCGGGAGGACAGGGUAUUAUUAUAUGUAUAUGAAUUGGCACUAAAAAUAAUAUGUAUCGGAGCCCUGUCGAUUGUCAAAAUAAUUAUAUUUAUGGUAUAAUAUAACAAAAUUUACAUUAUAAUAUAUGAUCGGGUCAAAGUCGCACGUCCAUAGCUGUUUCGUACGAUCCUAAGUCGAACGGUCCGUAUUGAGGUCUAUUAUUUGUCUUUCCUUUCUUAUAUAUAUAUAUAUUUUUAUAAUUCUAAAAACUUAACUUUUUAACUUGUCGCCCAUUAAUAUAUGUUUGUGUAAGUUAGUAUCAGGGACAGCCUAAGGCGGAAAUUGCUCGACAUUGUGGCAUCGUGUUGCGUACAUGGACUAUAAACACUACAUGUUAUAUUGAUGUUGACUAUACAAUUUCUUAUAAAUGUCGUACGUACGUACAAUUUGAUCUUAAUGUAUUAAUUAUAAACAUGUUCACGUAAUCUGAUGCAUAUUCGAUAUUUGAAAAUACUUUGUCUAUUGAUGAUUAUUAAAUCGUUUGAAUGUCACAUUAGGUCGGCAUAUCAAUAUUUCCCUAACCCUGAUAUCCCCUUAGUUUAUAAUUACAUCUGUGUUUACAAAAAUAUAUUUGUCCGUAUGUUUAAAUAAUUAAAGAGGAAAAAAAAAAUAGUUGUGUAGUGUUUUUUGAUGGACGAGAUCCAUUCAGUCAUACGUAUAGCAAUCAAAUAUAUUGAAGUAUAUAGAAUAGGAUGUACGGUAGUUGCGGAAAAUUGUAACGCAAAUCGCCGGCCUAACACAGUACUUAAAGCUUGACUUAAAUAUCUCACGGACAUAUUUUUUGUCUAGUCUUUGUACUAGUCUAGGAUCCCUCACGAAAAUAUCAUCCAAUUCGCCUGUAACAAAACGAUCGGCGUUCCAAUCUUCCGCAUUAUUUAAUUUCACUAGUGAAAAUAUAUCCUUCAUAAUUAUUAAAUAUUUUGAUGUAUGAUAGAAUAGUAUCGAUGUCUUAAAUAUUUCGAGCUCAAUGAAACUAAUUUAUGGUGUAAUUAUAAUAUUGUUAAUUUUUAUUUUGUUAUUGUAUUAAAAAUUAAUUUGCGAAUUACUUUGUUAUCAUUUGUCGGAUGUAUUUGAUUUGAUGGGUUUUAGUAUGUUGGCGGGAUGCCGUUUUUUUCAUCUAAUAUGGUACUUCAUAAAUAUUAAGUUUCUACAUGUUGUUAGUACUUAAUAAAUGAAUUAGAUCAGAUUAUUAAGAAAUGUGAUGAAUUCAAUGUCUUUAGAUUCGAUUCAAAUUAUGCUUAUCUAUACUUGAUGGAGAUAUAGUUUUAGAUUUACAUUAAAUAAAGCUGUUAUGUUGUCACUUGCUUUUUAAAAGAUAGUAAGUAAAAUUUAUGCAUGUGUCUCACAUAAGUAAAAAUAAAAUAAUUAAGGACA